AUGCAACACUUGCACAUGCCAACCCCUGUUGCAGGCUACCCUCAAGGGGGGCCUCAGGGGGGUCCCAGCCGCCCUGCCACGCCAGUGCCAGACAUGCGCAGGUUGUAUGGGCUUCAGGGUCAGGCUUCUGCACCACCCAAGCGCAGCUCAUCUCCGGGGCAUGCUGCCUUUGCAUAUCAUCUUCCGCAGUUCCAACAAGUCCAACCCGAGGCUCCUAUGCCCAGGCCGAUCGACCCAUCAGAGCUCGUGAAGGGCCAGCAGUUGGAUUAUUGGAGCGACCAUUUCCAGUGCUGGAUGCCAGCCAUUAUCACGGAUGUGAACAAUGAGUCAGGCGGCGUUUGCCUCAAUGUCAAACCAAAUGCCUUCAUCAGCCGAUCCGAUCAACGACGGAAAAUUCGUUCGAGGACCAUCCCCAAUGCUCAGCAGGUGGCAACAGCUCAGAGCAUUGUGCAGCAGGAACAGGUGGAGCCAGUUGCAGAGCAAAUCUUUGCCAGCGCGGCAAAAUCAAAGGACCGCCCCAUCCCUGCAGAGCAAGUGCCACAUUUGGGUGCAUACUUGGAUGGUCUGCUCGGGCUUGUGGGCUCCCAAGUCCAUCUGACACAGUCCCGAAGUGGGUCGGGCCUGGUGCUGGAUGAGUUCAAAAGGGUCUUCUGGGAGCUUCUGCAGCUGCAGCAAGAGAUUUCCGUGCAAGCGAUCCCUCGGUUCUCCAUUGAUUCCUUUAAGGAAGGAGACCCCUGGAAGAAGUACACCAAAGGCAAGGAACUUGGGCAUGGCACCUAUGGCUUUGUGUACCUGGCGAACGACAAGCACUCGAAACAGGUACGAGCUGUUAAAGAGAUCUCCAAGGAAAAGCUGCAUGGUGACAUGCAGGCAAUGAAGAAGGAAAUUGAGAACCUGACGCACCUCGACCACCCUCACAUUCUCAAGCUCUAUGAGGUCUACAGCACACAGGACGAUGUGUUCCUAGUGACAGAUUUCUGUCCAGGUGGAGAGCUGCAUGGCCACAUUUCAAACGCGAAGAAAACUCGCCAGGAUAUUCCUAUGCCAUGGAUUGCUGAAGCUAUGCAACAGCUGAUGCAGGCGAUUUGCCACAUCCAUGUCCGGGGAAUCAUUCAUUUGGAUGUGAAGUCGCAGAACAUAAUGCUAAUGCCCAGCCAGAAGACAGCAGCGUUCUUCGGCAAAGGGGAUGCUAAAGAUGCCAGGUGCUCAACCUUCAACUCCAAGCCGCAUGUGGUAGUCAUUGACCUGGGGAUUGCCAUGCACUUCAAGCCUGGGGACUAUCGAGGAAAUCGUCCCAUGGGCACGCCCAUGACCAUGGCUCCAGAGGUUUGGUGGGGUGAAAUCACUCCCGAAGCUGAUGUCUUCAGCUGCGGUUGUGUUUUCUUUGAGCUUCUUUGUGGGGAGAUGCCCUUUCGAGUCAAGUUCGCAGGAAACUUUGAUGAUGUUGUGAAGUUCUGGCGGCAGAAGCCGCGACCUGCGUGGCAGUACGUCUCUGGCGCAUCCAGGGAUGUCAAGGACCUCCUAGAAGGCAUGUUGUUGCAGGAGCGCCAGCGUCGCCCAUCAGCAUCUCAGUGUCUGGCCAGCAAGUUCUUGAAAGAUGCAUCCGCCCCGAAGCAGACUGGCAGUCUCAAUGAGUCCAGCCGGCAAAGGCUGAUCAAGCGUCUGGCUUCCGUUCAUUGCCGAUCCGUAUUGUACAAGAACAUCGCCAUGAAGAUUGCGCAGGAUUGGCCGCCUAACCAGAUGCCGACCUUCAAGCAACUUUUCAACGAGUUCGAUGUGCACGGGAAUGGCUCACUGGCGACAGAGUCCCUGAAGGCCACCCUGAUGAAGCGCGGGGUCGACGAGGCCGAGGCAAGCCGCGCUGCUGUGGCCAUGAACUUGAGCCAAGACAAGGACGCCAUCAAUUGGACUGAGUUUGUGGCAGCCUGCAUCGACCUGAGCCAGCCAGAGUUCGAACCCAAGAUCUUCAAAAUCUUCCAGGAUGCCGACGCUGACAGGGACAACUUGCUUGCAGCUUCGGAUCUGAUGAACACUUUCCCACAAGGAAAUAAGUACUCCUUGGAAACAGCGGCCACUGUCUUCAGGGACCUCACAGGAAGAGAUGCACAGAAAGACCGAGGUGCGCGCAUGGAUUGGAGCACCUUCUACAAGCAUUUGCAAAGCUGUGCUUUGAACGGUGUCGAGGAGCCAGUUUUGGCCAAGACGCAGUGGGACGUCUUCAUCGGUGGUGUGACAGAUGCGAUCACCAACGUCACUGGUGCAUACUUCUCAAACGAGGCCAAGCCACAAAAAUCGGGGAACGGCGCCAUCCGAUUCCCUGGGGAGUGCGUCCCGCAGAGCAUGGAGGACAUGUUGAAGACCUUGGCAGACAUGGGCUUCACGGACCGCGAGCUCAACAGGAGCAUCAUCAAUGAGAAGGGUGGUUCUUUGAGCGACGACGUGAUCGACGCAAUCAUGCAGCGCAGCUCAGGCAGAUGA